GUCUCGUAGACACCGCUGUGUAGUUCAUGCACGGUAAAGGAAUGCGAUCUGUUUGGAUAGUUGAGAUCUUUAAAGGGGGCAUAUAAUGGGUUUCAUGGACACAAGAGGAAACGGAAUACUUCGGCCUGAGUCUACAAAAGCUGACAGAUGGUGUAAUACAAGCAGCUGGUUUUUCUGAUCAGCAUGAUCAGAGCUAGUAGCGACUGUACAAGAUAAACUGAAGAUUUUUAACUGCUGUUUCACCAAAUGGUGCUCAGAAAUUUGGCCCAUAAAGUUAAACAAAAAAGGUUCAUUAAGGCUUGUAAUUGGUUUCAUAUGGGACUGGCAGUGGCAUAUCACUGAAGAACAUUCUUUCAUGCAGAGAGCUGAGCAGUGUCCUUCCUGCCAGAUAAUUUAACUCCAACAGCCACCGGUCACAACUUAAGCAUGGACUACUCUUCCCAAGACGUUCGUAUGAAGAUCAUCGGCCUGAGCUUCAUCUUCUACACCUUCAUCUUUCUCUUCUUUCACAUCAUAUCUAAACUACUGUUUCUCACUUAUCGCUCGCUGUCUGCCAAAGAAAAGGUCUUCUGGGAUUUAGCUGCUACACGGGCAGUGUUUGGCAUCCAGAGCAUGGUGGCAGGGCUUCGAACGCUCAUGGAGGACUCUACUGUCUUUUCAGAUAAGAUUCUUGGGCAGGAGAACUGGUCCUGGUUUAACGUGCUGACUGCCACUGGCUUCUUCCUGUUUGAAAAUGCGGCCCUACAUGCAUCCAAUGUGGCGUUCCUGUCCUUUGACCUGCCGUUAGCUGUGCACCAUUUCUUUGCCCUGGCAGGGUUUGUGGGGGCAGUCGUGUGGGACUGGCUGGGUCAUUUCCUCCCUAUGGUGACCCUGUUGCUGGAGAUGAGCACCCCCUUCACCUGCAUCUCCUGGAUGCUGCUUAAGGCUGGCUGGUCGAAGACUCUGUUUUGGAAAGCUAACCAGUGGAUAAUGAUCCAUAUGUUUCACUGCCGGAUGAUUCUGUCCUACUAUAUGUGGUGGGUGUGCUGGAAUCAUUGGGAGGAGAUGAAUACGCACAUCCCAUUGGCUCAGAGAAUACUGUUCUUUUCUGGUCUCUUCCUGCUCACCUUCUUUCUCAACCCCAUUUGGACGCACAAGAAAACCCUGCAGCUUCUCAGUCCUGUGGACUGGAACUUUAAUAACAAACCUGUGCCAGGAAAUGGACGAGUUCAAGAUCAGGCACGACGCAAGCCCCAUGCUAGCUGAUCGAUUGAAAGAGCAAGGCUUCAUGGGAAAUGCAAUCUGGAGAAGAGACACCUGUACAAGGGUGUUGAGGGCAUGGUUAUGGGACUAAUUUGUGCAGUGAUGGUUUAAGAAUUUUACGUUUAGUGCUACUACUAACUACUGCAAUUUUAUUUAUUUGUGACCUCACAGAUAAGCAAAUGCGCAUUUAGUUCAGUUUGGUUUCUGUAUUUGAAGUAGCUGUAAUGCUUAGUUUUUGGCCUUUAAAACGAUGAGGACUGGCACAACACUGAUGAAUGUUUCGGGGAGGCUGUGUUUAACUUCUUGCUGCAUGUGACUGAGUGAAAUGGCCUGUAAAUACCAUAAUUUCUGUUUUAUUUCAACUUCCUCUUUAUGUUGCGUUGUACAUCCUGAAAAGCUUUUUAUGCUUGUUUGGGUUUUAAGUGGCUUUUUAAGUCUCUCCUCUCUUUUACAUUAACAGUCCGUGAUGCACAAUGUUUCUCAUCCUUGUCUGUAUCUUCUGUUCACUGCAAGUUUUAAUCUAAUUUUAGGAGGCUCAUAUUUGUUAUUCUCAGUCAUUCAGUGUCAUGUAAGAAAGACAGCACUGACUACAUCAUGACCAAACCUGAUCUCUCUACUUCACUAAAAAUGAUGCUUUAGAAACAUCAGUUCAAAGCCAUCUGACCUUGAUUUUGGUUUCCUUUUAGCCUACUAAAGAUUUUACUUUUACAGAUUCUGUAUGUAUAGGUGUUCAGUAGCUGAAGGCUGUUUGGUGGGGCAGUGACUUUCUCUGAACUUUGUGGAUGCUUGACUGGGCUCUUUGUGUUCUGCAUAAACGGGUUUUGUUCUGACUGAGAGUGAAUUAUCUGUGUAGAAUGGAAUGUGUGUGUGUGCACGCGUGCCAGGGAGUGAGAAGGGAUAAUGAGGAAUCUGUUUUACUUUAUUUUGAUUCAUUUUGAGUUCUAAAUACUGAUCUAGAUAUUGAUUUCUUCGGUUUAUGUUUUACACACUUUAUUUUAUGCAUUUAUGGUCAGGAAGGGCAUCCGGCAUAAAAAUCUGUUUAAGUGGAAUAUGCGGAUCACGGAUGGUCCACUGUGGCGACCCCUAACGGGAGCAGCCGAAAGAAGAAGAUUUUAGGCAUUUAUGGAUUUUUUAUAUUCUUCAGAAGAAGUUGAGGAGCAAAAGCUAACGUUGAUGACAUAUAAAGCAUAUAUAAAUAUAAAUCUGUCUACAAUAGAUGCACACGGUGCCAUAUCAUUGUACAUGUACAGUAUAAAUACAUAUAGACAAGCAUAUACAAAUAUACAACUAAUAGGUAUGAAGUAAUGAUAAAAACUACUUGUGCAGCAUCGUUAUGCUUUAUCUGAGUAAAAGCCCAGGUUUACGUGAGGAUGAGAAUGAGGCGGUAUUUUCUGAUAGCAACAGGUAGAAUAAAGCCAGCAGCUAAAAGAGCUCUAACGUAGAGAGAGGAAUGGAGAAUUGUUCAGAAUUGCCUCAGUUUUGCCAUCAUCCUAUUUCCUGUCCCUGCUAGGAUCAAUCUGGCAUGGAGUUGGCCAUCUUAAUCUGUUUGAUCAGAUGCUUGAAUUUGCCUUGCCUACUGCUUCACUUGCAUACCUCAAGAAAACAACAAGCUGGGCAGUAUAGACCGGUAGAAAGACCUGAGCUUCCUCAAAAGUGAAGCCUGCUCUGGUCUCUUUGCUACAGUGUACCUGUGUAUCCAGCCAAAGAUAUCAAUAAGACUUUUGUCUAUCGACAAAACAUGAUGGAAUUUAUUUAUACCAGAAAUGCUUUUUAAAAGUUUGUAUUCACUUAAAUGUAUUAUGAUUGCAGUGCUAGUGUAAAAUCCACUGAAGUGUUUAAUUGACAUCAUCUGCUGCUAAUAUACAUCGACUUUGUUUUAUGGUGUAUGUUUUUACUCUUGCAGCACAAUUUCAGGUUUAAAAAGGACCUUUCAGCUUUUUCAGCCUGUUCUUUCACAGAGCGAGUCAGAACUGCUGAUUUGUGUGAAUUUAAAGUUUGUGUCAGGAACAGUUCGCUAAAUGAAUGGAAGCCAUUGGGGUCUGUGAUCUAUCUAAGUAUCACUCUGACUGAGAACAAAAUAUGAUGCAAAAAUGUCUGUCUUUUAAGCAAACAAGUCUUUCUGGCUCUAAAGUCUUUAUUCAAAUGUGUCGUAAAAGUAAGUGAUUAUUUAUAUGAAUUCCUGUUACAUUUCAUGGUUGUUUCAACUCAUGUGUUUUAAUACUGUUUAGCCAUAACAACAAGCUAGUGCUUGUGUUUUCACAAUGAGCUGACUGGCAGUCUGUUGUAUAUAUAAAUAGUAACCACUAACCAGCAGUGAUUAGUGGAUGCACAAUUCAAUUUAAGUUAUUACUCUUGCCAAAAAAAAAUAAUAAUAAUGUUUUUGUUUUAAAAAGAUUUUGGCUUGAAAUUAAUUAUUUAAAGCUUCAAAACUACUGUUUGUGUUAUUGGGUAUUUUGGAGUGUUUAUAUAACUAACUAGAAGAGAGAAGUAAUAAAGAGUUUUAGCCAA